UUCCAUUUCAAAAAGCGCCUAUCUUCUCUAAAAGUGCAGACGCAUCUCUCUCUCAUCCACCUUCCAUGACCGGAACUGUUCGUCCUCAGAAAUGGCGCUGUCUUCUCAUCUUCUCCAAUUUCCAAUCCACACUUCAUCUCCAGGACCUGAUUAUGUCCUCUUCUAUCCCUCUCCAUUGCAAUCGUCUUCUCCAAUUUUCAUCCAGAAGACUAAGAUUCCGCUAAUUCCAAUCGCGCUCAAGGUUUCUGCGAGAGUUAGGUGCUUGACGAAGUCCUCUACCGAAGAGGAUCGGUGGAGUGAAUCCGAGAGUUUUGUAUCUGAUGGAGGUGACGGUGGAGAAGCAGCCAGAGAUGACACCAAAGGCCAACAUCACCAGCAGAGAAUUGCCACUUCGUAUGGUGAUUCUCUUUCGCUUGGGAUUCGCGAGCCGGUUUAUGAGGUUGUAGAAGUGAAGUCAAAUGGGAUAGUAUCUACUAGGAAAAUAAACAGACGCCAAUUAUUGAAGUCAAGUGGUCUUCGCCCAAGAGAUAUCCGGAGCGUUGAUCCAUCACUGUUCUUGACAAAUUCAAUGCCUUCUUUACUGGUUCGUGAGCAUGCUAUAUUGCUAAAUCUGGGCACAUUACGAGCAAUAGCAAUGCAAGAGCGCGUCCUUAUCUUUGACUAUAACUGUGAAGGAGGGAAAGCUUUCUUAGAUACGUUGUUACUUCGAUUGAAUCCCAGAAAUAACAAUGGAGGGCCUUGCAUGCCAUUUGAGCUUGAGGUUGUUGAAGCAGCAUUGCUUUCAAGAGUACAGCGAUUGGAGCAGAGACUUAUGAAUGUUGAACCUCGUGUUCAAGCUCUUCUUGAAGUUUUACCCAACAGGUUAACUGCUGAAGUAUUAGAGGAACUCCGCAUUAGCAAGCAAACAUUGGUUGAAUUAGGUUCAAGGGCAGGAGCUCUUAGACAAAUGCUGCUUGAUCUUUUGGAGGACACCCAGGAAAUACGUCGUAUAUGUAUAAUGGGAAGAAACUGCACUCUUGUAAAGGGAAAUGAUAAUGUGGAAUGCUCUGUCCCCUUAGAAAAGCAGAUCGCUGAGGAGGAAGAGGAAGAAAUUGAGAUGCUUUUGGAAAAUUAUCUUCAAAGAUGUGAAUCUUGUCAUGGUCAGGCUGAACGACUUCUUGAUUCUGCAAAAGAAAUGGAAGAUUCUAUUGCUGUUAAUUUAAGCUCUCGGAGGCUUGAAGUAAGCAGAGUGGAAUUGCUUCUCCAAGUUGGGACAUUUUGUGUGGGAGUUGGUGCUCUAGUUGCAGGUAUAUUUGGCAUGAACUUGAGGUCUUAUCUUGAACAGCACGUGUUUGCCUUCUGGCUGACAACAGCCGGGAUAAUUGUCGGUGGCGUUGUGGCAUUUUUUAUGAUGUAUUCGUAUCUCAGGAUUAGGAAAAUACUAUAACUUAGAUAUACCUCCAUGGUAAAGUGUGAAAUCCUACCUCCAUGGUGAUAUCAAAGGAUAAGCAUACUUGGCCAAUUGCUUUUGAUUGAUCACUGUACAAUACAGCAUUUGAUGAAACAGUUCUAUUCUUGUUGGUAGUUAUGUAAACAGUAGUGUCCCCAUCUGCAAUAGUGGAGCUUCAAUUCUUCCCUAUGUGCUCGGAAAAAGGGUCGAGGUUCCACGUAUUCUUGUAGCAUAUGGCCGUUGAGGCAGUAGGACAAAAACUUGCCCUUUGUAUUAGCAAUUGAAUGGGCAUUAAGAAACUUUUGUUAUUGGCUGCAAUUUCUCAGCUCAAUUCAUUUUCUUUCAAAUGAUCAAUGAAACCAAAAGGCAACGACUGGUUGCGAGCUCAGUGCCAAUUUUGGGCUGCAGCUAUUGAAUGUCCAUUUUUUCCUUUUACGUCUC